AUGGAUGAAUCAAGUCAAGCUCAUGGAACAGAUACCCCUACACCUACAACUGUUACACAUACCACUGCCACAGAUGCAAUUGUUGGAUCCUCAAUCCAACCAACAAAUGAAGCAGCACAGCCAGAGACAGCAACAGUAGAUGUAGAAGCUACUUCUACAUCUAUGGGUGGUAAGAUAACUUCUGACAUUUGGAAUCAUUUCAAGAGGUUGAAUGUUCAAGAUGCUGGAUGCAAUUACUGCAAGAAGGUGAUAAAGGCUCAUACUGGAAAGAAUGGUACAAGUGGAAUGUGGAAGCACUUCAACAGAUGCAAGCAGAAUCCUAACAAGCCAAAGCCAAAAGGACAACAAACUCUGACAUUAAAUCCUGCACAACUGGGUGAGAAUGAAGGUAAGGUGUGCAGCUCAUGUACUUGCACUUGUGGUAAAAGAUGCUGUGAGGGUCAACAACAAAUCAAUUGCAAGAAUCAGGCUGCAGAAGUGUUAGAAAAAGCUUAUUAG